AUGGAACUGUUCUGGAUGCCACUGCUGUUGGUGGCUGCUGGCCUCUCUGAGGUCCUUGGCUCACCUGGGAUAGACACAGGCCUCAACAUUUCCCAGCCUGUGCACAUUAUGGAGGAUCAUAAUUUAAUGGUGCUGACUCCUGCAGGCCUGGCGCAGACACUGAAUGAGACCCGCUUCCUAAUGGUGAUUUUCUACGUGGUUGAAUCUACGGCUUUAGUUGUUUGGUUGAGAAGACAAGUUCUCCACAAAGCACCUCUGUUCAACAACAGUGAUGAAGUGGCAGAUUUUGUGAAAUACAAGCCCUUGGUCAUCGUUGGCUUCUUCCAGGAUUUAGAGGAAGAGGUGGCAGAAUUGUUUUAUGACAUGGUCAAGGACUUCCCAGAGCUAACAUUUGGAAUGAUAGAAAUAAAAAAUGCCUUCGGGGGUUUCCAUGUGAUCCUUGACAGCGUCCUGGUGUUUAAAAAGGGAAGAAUUGUGAAACGUCAAGAGCUUAUUAAUGACAGUACCAACAAAGAUUUUCUCAAUCAAGUUGUGAAACAGCAGCUUACAGAAUUUGUGAUUGAAUACAACCCUGAGAGUAGGAAUCUGAUUUAUGAACUGAGCAUCUUGAAUCACAUGUUGCUCUUUAUCUCCAAAAACUCAGAGCCAUACAGCAUCAUAAUCCGGCAUUACAGAAUGGUUUCAAAGGAAUUCCAGAACAAGAUUCUUUUCAUCCUUGUGAAUUCGGAUGAACCAAAAAACAAACGCAUCUUCGAGUACUUCCGGAUCUCAACAGUCAAUGUUCCAUCUGUUCAAAUCCUGAACUUGAGCUCUGAUGCCAGGUACAAAAUGCCCACAGAUGACAUAACCUUUGAAAACCUCAAGAAAUUCUGCCAGAACUUCCUGAGCAAAACUGCCAAGAAACACAAAUCCAGUGAAGAGAUUCCAAAAUAUUGGGACCAAGGGCCAGUUAAGAAGCUUGUGGGGAAGAACUUCAAUGUGGUUGUCUUUGAUAAGGAGAAGGACGUGUUUGUGAUGUUCUAUGCACCUUGGUCUGAGAAGUGCAAGGCACUGUUCCCACUGCUGGAAGAGUUGGGCAUGAAAUACCAAAACCACUCAACAGUCCUCAUCGCCAAGAUUGACAUAACAGCAAAUGACAUUCAGCUGGCGAACCCAGAUCAGUACCCGUUCUUCAGGCUUUUCCCUACUGACUCACAAGAGGCUGUCCUGUAUAAAGGAGAACACACCAUGAAGGACUUUUGUGACUUCCUGGAAAUCAAUGUUAAGAUUAGGAUUGAGGAAGAGGAUGAGCUGUUGUCCAUUGAGCAAAAUGAAGUGAUAGAGGAGGAAGUGAUAGCUGAGCCAGAGACCCAGCUCAUAGAGAAGUUGCCUGAGCAGCAGUUGCUCAAGCUGGAGGAUGCAACCUUAGAAGACAGACAAAUGAAAGAGUCACCUGUGCUGGAGAGCAUAAGCAAGCCGGCAGAGCCAGUGAGGACGGAAACAGCUGACGAAGAGGAGGAGGUGGCUCAGCGGAAGCAACCACCUCAACCAGGGAGGAAACCGGAAGUCAAAGAAGAACUUUAG